AUGUGGCCCUUGUCCUCCCGACCGUCCGACUCGGCCGUGGUAGGCGACGUCAAGGUGGCGCUUCCCCCGCCUCUGGGCGCGCUGGACCUGCGUGACAGGCGAUUCCAAAUAGGUUCUGUGCGCAGCGCCAGCUACCCGAGCAGCAACCCCGGGGAGCUCAGCAGCGGCAGCCAAAGCAGCAAGCUCGCCCUGCAUGUGUCAGCUUCUGGCGGCGGCGCGACAGACGACGCCGGCCAGCAGCAGCAGCAGCAACCACCACCACCACCUUCGGCAGGGUCUUUGAAAUACAUUCUAGAGCAUCCACAGCACGCAUCUUCUGCCCCGUCGUUAUUAAAACACUCACAUUCUUCAUCCUCAUCUUCAUCAUUAUCCCUAUCACUGGACAGCAAUAAAACAGGUGUCGCAUCCAAAGAAAUCGGCGAGGGCAGUUCCCGUGGACCGACACCGUCGCCAGCGAUUGGAGACCUGCAACUUUCAUCCAAAAACUCAUUACGAAAUCUUCAAUCUCAAUCGUCUGCCCAGUCGACAUCAGCCCCGACCUCGGCUUCGGCAACGACAAAACCCCAAGAUCGACCCAAAUCCAGAAAGGAGGAUCGCCGACUCAACAAGCUCCGCCGCCGCGCCAGGACAAUGGAGCCGCCCGUGCUCUCCUUCUACGGCGCCCAGCCGGUGCCGCUGCAGUCGCGCUUCGCCACCAUCAAGCGUCGUCUGAUUGCCGGUCGCGAGAAGGAGGUGGCCGCCAGCUGGGCUCGGCUCAUCGUCGCCCUCAACGCUGAGAUGGCUGCCAUCCGGGAGACUUCAUCGUCGCUCGAGCUGAUGGGCGCCAUCGACUAUGCCGAUAUUGAGGACCCCGAGCGCAUCGCCGAGUUUAGUAAACUGCUCAAACGUUUCGGCGUGGGUGUCGUCCGUGGCGUCGUCCCACCCCGCGACGCCGAGGCCUGGGUCGAGGAGACGAGGAGAUACCUCGAAACCAAGCACGACAUCAAGCCGCCUCCGCCGCAGGACCCGACCUGUUUCGACUUCUUUUGGACACCAGCUCAGAUCAGGGCCAGGGCGCACCCACACGUGCUCCGUGCCAUGAAGUUCGCCAUGGGUUUGUGGGACUCGACCGAGGAGGAUCGCAUGGCCACCCGUUUCCCCAUCACCUACGCCGAUCGUAUCCGCAUUCAUGUCAACUCCAACGCCGCCCCCGCACCUUCAGCACAAAGUGAACCAAGUCCCGAGAUGACAGCCGCGGCAGUCACAACACCUGCACCCACCCCCGCACCAGCAGCAGCAGCAGCCAUCGCCACCGCACCUGAACCUUCCGAGCAAACUGCACCAUCAGCGCCGGCAUCCUCUUUACCGUCACCAACCACAGCAGCGGCAGCAGCCGACACUGCCGCUGCCGAAAAUUCAGGUAUCAUCAUCGCUCAGGUCGACGGUGGGUCGCUUGAACGCUGGGAGCCCGACGGGUACGGGCGCAGCGGGACGUAUGAUUCCAUCUUCCGUGGCGACUGGGAAGACUACGACCCGUGGGAUGCGGCAGGGCGGAUCAGUGCGACGCCAGACCUGUACAACGGCGCCGGUGCGUGCAGCAUCUUCCGCAUGUUCCAGGGCCUCGUCGCUUUGACCCAAGUCCAACCGGGCAUGAUCAGACUGCUCCCGUCGCCCAAGCUCGUCACGGCUUAUUUCCUCCUGCGGCCCUUCUUCUCUCCCAAAAAGCCUGCACCAGAGGGUGCGGCACGCGAGGGCCCGGAAUGGGAAGCCUUCCUCCACCCGGACAAUUGGGAACUGGACGGGGAGCAAAGCACCAUCAUCCACGGCGCGGUGCCGGGUCACGCACAACGUGUCACCGAGCUGUGGCACCCGCACCUCGACCUCAAGCGGACCUUGGUCACGCCGCCGGACCUGCAGGCGGGCGACUACAUCAUCUGGCAUUGCGAGACGGCCUACACCAUCACGUCGUCGGCUGUUUCUUCGUCCUCGUCCCCGACGACAGCAGCAGCCGAGCCGAGUACCCCCGUCCCCAAGGCGACCAACACCGACGGGCCACGCCACGAACGCUUCAUGGUGUACGCCCCCGCGUGCCCGCUCACGCAGACCAACGCGCUGUACAUGGCGCGGCAGCGCAAGAACUUUCUCCGCGGUCAUCCGGGUCCGGACUUUGACAGCACAGGGACGGGGCUGGGGACAGAGGCGCCGCACGUGGGGCGGCUCGGGGAGAAGGAGAUUCGUGAGGUUGGUGGUGAGGAAGGGCUGAGGGCCAUGGGUCUCGCGCCGUGGAGCGCAGGGAUCGGUGGGGGACAGAGCGACGACGGGUCGUCGGCCGAGGAAGGGGGCGCCAAGGCCGACAAGAUGGAUGUCGACGGCGAGAGACCGGCUGGUGGCGAGGCUGAGGCCGACGCUUCAAAGAUGGACGUCGACGAAAAGGCACCGGAGCCGCCGCUUUCGGCUGCUGAGGUGGAGCUGGUCAGGCUCGCCAACAUCAUCCUGUUUCCUGACAAGUACGAGUUUUACAUGGCGACGCGCAACAGCUCGCCGGACGGGAGGGAGAGGGAGGCUUCUUGA